UUCAUUCCAUUCUCAAACACCACCGCGCACCGCCGCAUCACCUCUCUCCACUCCACCGCACGCACCGUCGAGCUCUUCCUCCCCCCUAAGGCACACCUACUCUUCCCCUGCACACACAGUCACCAUGUCUGGAACAGGUACGCAAGCACCACAGAGCACUGGCAUCGCCAAGCUCGAUGCCGUCAAGGAGACUCUUGCUGCGAAGACGCCCGAGAAGCUCAGCGGUGUCGCCCUCUACUCCCGAUUCGCCUUUGCUGGUGCCGUGUGCUGUUCUAUAACUCACGGUGGUCUCACACCUGUCGAUGUCGUCAAGACCCGUAUUCAGCUCGACCCAGUCACCUACAACCGCGGAUUGAUCGGUGGUUUCCGUCAAGUCAUCGCCAACGAGGGAGCUGGUGCUCUCCUUACCGGUGCAGGCCCAACCUUUGCUGGCUACUUCCUCCAGGGCGCAUUCAAAUUCGGCGGAUAUGAAUUCUUCAAGCAGCAGUCCAUUGGUCUCCUCGGCUACGAAUCUGCCUCCAACAACCGCACCGCCGUCUACCUCGCCUCCGCUGCCACCGCCGAGUUCUUCGCUGAUAUCGCCCUCUGCCCUCUCGAGGCCACCCGUAUUCGAUUGGUAUCGCAGCCUACAUUCGCUAGCGGACUCGCUAGUGGUUUCAGCAAGAUCGCCAAGCAGGAAGGCAUCGGUGGUUUCUACUCUGGUUUCGGACCCAUGUUGUUCAAGCAAAUCCCAUACACUAUGGCCAAGUUCGUGGUGUACGAGAAGGUGGCCGAGGCAGCAUACAAGAACUUCUUUGACAAGGAGAAGACUUCUAGUGGAAUGCAGACUGUCAUCAACCUGGGAUCGGGUCUGAUUGCUGGUUUCGCUGCUGCCAUCAUCUCGCAGCCUGCUGACACGAUGCUUUCCAAGAUCAACAAGACCCAGGGUCUUCCAGGUGAGGGAACCACCAGCCGUCUGAUCAAGAUCGCCAAGGAGCUUGGUUUGAAGGGUUCGUUCAGCGGUAUUGGUGCUCGUCUGUUCAUGGUCGGAACCAUCACUGCUGGUCAAUUCGCCAUUUACGGAGACAUCAAGAAGGCUAUCGGCGCUACCGGUGGUGUUGAGAUCGCCAAGUAAGCGUCUCCUGUCUGCGAGAGGUGGGGAGCAGGUGGGAAGUGGUGUGUAAUGCAGCGAGAUCCGAAGGAGCUGCUGUUUCUCUCUUCUUCUUCUGCUUCUCCUAGUAGAAGGAGUGCGAGAUAAGAGCCUAAUGUCUUGAUUUGAACUGCUAAAAUGAUAGAGGAUGGGCGCAGCAAGACAGCUUUCUCUAGAUCCGUGUACAGUAGGGCAUUAGGGAUGGCGUUUGAUUGAAAUGCAUCAUGAUCUAACUUGCGUUGCGCAUUGG